UCAGCAAAAAUUCGAUGGCUAAAAUCAAUUAUCUACAAGACAAGAAGUUUUGGAUAAUUGAUUUAAGGUGUAACUUGUUCUGAGUGAACUAUGCAGUUUGUUUGAUUACGUAAAAAAUAUUAGAGAAUCCUUUUGGUUUUGGUGUGUUUUAUUUGCAAGGAAACUGCCCAAACGCGACGCCUGACCGUGUUUAGAGUUCCACAUUCCCUGCAGCGUUCUACACGGGCGCGUUCCUCCUCUCUCCGCCGCCCUCUCCCCACCUUCGGGCUUUCUCUUACCAUACACGGUUAAGGCUUCCUGCUCCGGCGGAUCCUACCCACCCCCAUCUCUGUCUCCCUCUACCUCUGGGUAAUGGGUAUCAAGAGAAAACGAGAAUAUUGGCUGAAAAUUCGGCACCGUCAUAUCUUCCCCUUGCUGCUAGCAGCCUCCACCCGAAUCGAUUCGCUGACCCCUCGUCGAUUGAUAAUAGAAUGCCUCAACAUGCAUCUCAAUUAUGUUCAAGCUUGCCACAGAAACCUAGGCUCCAGCAGCACUGGCCAAAUUUUGCCCACCUCCUUGCUUGCUUUGCUUCCCCUCCUUCUCCACACCAGGUAUACGAGAGUAGCUUCACUUAGUUGCGAGAUGGUGGGCGCUAUUUCCCUUUGUUCAUAUGAGGCAAACGUGAAGUUGGCUUCUGAUAUACAGCUCUUGAAUGGUUUAAGUUUCAUGUUCUCGAGGAAGCACUAUGCGGUUGUUGCCGCAUGUAAUGCGAUUAUGGAUUUGGCGACAACCUCUGUUGGACUGGCAAAGCUCGAGGAAUCGUGUGCAUUAGAGAAGCUGCUAUCCGUGCUUUGUGACAAUGGAACUCCACUUGGAAAAUCUUAUCCAUCUUCAAAUCGGAGUAUGACCUAUAGCAGCAGUAUGGAGGGAAAAUGCCUAGGAGAUGGAAUUUUAGUACUACUUGAUGUACUAGCUAUCUUAGUUAAUGCCAGCAGUAUUGAGCGGCUAAUGAGGAUCCCCACUUACUUGUCUACUUCCUGUUUGUGUAUUCUAAGGGAAUUAUGGUGCUCCUUGGUUAGUCGGGUGGUAUCAGAAAAGGUAAAGAUAUCCAAUGAGGAAGGCUGUGCAUGUGAUCAAGGAGCAAAACUUGCUGAAGUGAUCUUUAGGCUUUCAAUGAUUCAAAACCAGCGUAUAACUUAUGGUACUCAUGUACUGAAAAAAAGUCUAUUUGGAAAUGAUGCUUCUCAUUUUGAGCUUUUUAUGCUAAAUAAUUGGGAAAAUUCAGCAGCUCUUGUGAAAAAGUCAUCAAAAGCUUACAUGGACAGUGACGAUGUUUUCUGUUCAUUAGCUGAUAGUUUGAAGUCCAGAAAUAUUGAUGAUCUCUUCAAUUUUAUAUUGAAUGGAUUAGUUUCUUGUCCCCCAGUUAUGUCAGAUGAACUGAAUAUCCUUCAGUUUCUGGAAGACGUCAAAGGGGAGUUGGGUCAUCCAAUAAGGUACAGCCAAGAUAUCCGCCUUGUAAGGACUGUUGAGGAAUUAAGCAGAGUUAGUCAAGGCCAUCUGCAAAAGGAGAUCCAUUUUUUUAGCAAUUGUACAAGCGCUGGGAAUGAAGGUGGUCCUGAUCGUUUCAAUUCUGUUACCAUUGAGGACUGUAAGAAUGCGUAUUCUAAAGGAUAUACAAUCAGCCUACGAGGAAUGGAAUUCAGGUGGAAGAGAAUUGCAGCCAUUACUCAUACUUUAGCUAUGCUUUUUGGGCAGCCUUCUUCUGGAGCUAAUCUGUAUCUGACACCUCCUCAAGCUCAGGGGCUGGCUCGCCAUUGUGAUGAUCACUGCGUGUUUGUCUGUCAGCUUGUGGGACAGAAGAAAUGGACUGUUUUUCCAAGGCAGGCAGCUGCUUUACCCCGUCUCUAUGAACAGUCAAGUUGUCUUCAUCAUUUGGACUGUGAAAAUGGUGCAUGUGAGGGUGAAGAGUUCUUGCUUUUUGAAGGAGAUAUUCUAUAUGUUCCAAGAGGUUGUGCUCAUGAGGCACAUACAGUGAUCAAAGACGAUGUUGCUGGUGCAGAUAAAGUUAAUGAGUUCUCCUUACACUUGACACUUAGCAUUGAAGUUGAGCCACCAUUUGAGUGGGAGGGAUUUGCUCAUGUUGCUCUCUAUUCUUGGAGUCGAGCCCGUACAAGGGCGGCAAGCGAUCAAUUUAGGUGCAAUAAGGGAAAGGUGCAUCUCAUGGUUCUGAAUUUUCUGCAUGUUUCUAUAAGACUAGUUGCACAUUCAAAUCAUUCUUUUCGAAAAGCAUGCUUGGUUGGUGCCUUUUCCAAGCCACUGGAAUUAAAGUAUGGUGAUGUUGCCGGCAACGAGAGCGUUCCGAUGGUUCUCGACCAGAAGGCAUUUUUCUUGCAACUAAUUGAUACAAUUAAUGAUAUGUGCAAUUUCUACGAUGCAUUUGCAACAGUACAAUCUGCUGUUAAAGAGAAUGACAGCCAGUCCUUAGAGUGGAUGAUGUGGCUUCAAAACCUUCAAGCAGUCGAUGACAUGAAGGGCGAAAAGGAUUGGAGCAACCCAUUGGACAUUUUCAAGGAAUUAGUUGAGGUGGAUAAAACACCGAUUGCAGAGAUUGAAUGUGAAUUUUUAAAGGUGAAGUCUGCUUUCUGCAAAGAGGUAGUGUUUGAAGAUGUAACAGGAAAGUAUAAACUUCUGCUUGGUAGGUACAUGACUGUGAGAAACUACUACACCAAUGGCAUGCUUUCACUUCACCAUUUGGCAUAAAAAUAGGGAGCAGCUGUUCCCCCUCUUAGCAGGCCUUAUUUUGAACUGUUUUUGUACUCUAGAUUGUUUUCAUGGAAAGCCAUGAUCGUA